GUGGACGGCGCUUGCCUUCCUCUCCCGCCCCGUCCCAGCCCAGAGAGGAACCCGGAGGAGGAGGAGGAGGAGGAAGGAGCAAAAGAAGACCCCCCCCCCUCCUGCGCAGGCACACACGCACCUAGCAGCCUUUGGGACCCGCGGUGCCCUGACCUCUCUCUCCCUUGCCUACCCCGCACUGACCCACCCCGCUCAAAACCAAGGCGCUAACGUCGAGAGAAGGGGGGCAGUCAAAAGUUGUAGCUAGAAGAGGGUGUGUACCUAGAUUGGGAGCGGCGGAGGUUGGGGGGGGGGGGAUUGAGAGAGAGAGAGAGAGAGAGAUCAUUGCCAGCCUCCUUCCUCCUCUCCUCGACUCGCUCUCCGAUGGGGGGCAGAGGAGGAGCAGGACCUGUCCGCACGCAGCGCCGAAGAGAAGACAACCCCGCUCUGGUGCCGCCUUCGCCAACCUGCCCCCCGCCUCGACGCCUCCCCGACCCCCAGCUGCCCCACUGAAGGAAGGAAGGAAGGAUUGAGGCGGGAAGGAGAGAAGAGCAGAAGGCAGGCCCGGGGUGUAAAGUUCGGACUAUUGCAGAGAGUUCUAUCCCUCGUCAUGUCUAAGAAUCCGGGCAAAGGCGACCCAUGAGGCCCCCCAAGAGCAGGAGAACGGGGCAAGAGUAGCCACAGCCCAAGAGAGACAGCCCACUCCAUCCUCGCCUACUUUGCCCUCGCAUCCAAAGAGAGAACCAGCUGCUGGAGAGAAGAAACUUGGGGCAUCCAAAGAUGGAACAUCCACUCCUUCUCUGGCUCAGUCCUCUGCUUCUUCUCAGCCUUUGGGGCCAAAGCUCCCUCUCCAAUGAGAUCCUGGGCCUGAAGCUGCCACUGGAACCUGUGCUCAAUGCCAACACGGUCUGCCUGACUUUGCCUGGUCUAACUCGGCGACAGUUGGAGGUCUGCGUGCGGAGCCCGGAUGUGACCGCUUCCGCCAUUCAGGGCAUCCAGAUUGCCAUCCAUGAGUGUCAGCACCAGUUCCGUGACCAGCGUUGGAAUUGCUCCAGCCUGGAGACUAAGAACAAGAUCCCCUACGAAAGCAUCAUCUUCAGCAGAGGUUUCAGGGAAAGUGCUUUUGCCUAUGCAAUUGCAGCUGCAGGUGUUGUGCAUGCAGUCUCCAAUGCCUGUUCCCUGGGAAAGCUGCAAUCCUGUGGCUGUGACCAGAAGCGUCGGGGAGACGAGGAGGCUUUCCGGGUCAAGCUGCACCGUCUCCAGCUGGAGGCCAUGAACCGAGGCAAAGGGAUGAUGCAUGGUGUGCAUUUGGAACACAUGCCAGCAGAGGCCCCUGGCCUACAAGACUCCUGGGAGUGGGGGGGCUGCAGCCCUGAUGUGGACUAUGGGGAGAAGUUUUCCAAGGACUUCUUAGAUUCCCGGGAGAUCCAUCGAGAUAUCCACUCACGCAUGAGACUGCACAACAACCGCGUUGGCCGGCAGGUGGUGAUGGAUAACAUGCGGAGGAAAUGCAAGUGUCAUGGCACCUCUGGCAGCUGCCAGCUAAAGACGUGUUGGCAGGUGACCCCUGAGUUCCGAAUGGUUGGGUCACUGCUCAAGGAUCGCUUCUAUGGGGCCAUGAUGAUGCGACCCCACAACAGGAACACUGGACAGAUGGAGAUGAGCCACGGCCGCCACCGGCGUCGGGCUGGUAUCAGCGACCUGAUCUACUUUGAGAAAUCACCAGAUUUCUGCGAAAGGGAGCCAGCCCUGGACUCCAUGGGGACGCAGGGACGCCUCUGCAACAAGACCAGCCCAGGCAUGGACAACUGUGAGAGCCUGUGCUGUGGGCGGGGACACAAUAUCCUGCGACAGACACGCAGUGAGCGCUGCAAUUGCAAGUUCCACUGGUGCUGUUUUGUGGCUUGCGAGGAGUGCCGACUGACAGAGUGGGUCAGUGUGUGCAAGUGAUAGUUCACUGCUCCUCCCUUCACUGGACAUGUCAAUUACACCACCAUUUUGAUCAUGUGGCACUACAGGAUGGAGCCCUGUGCCAGCAGGAGGCAUGGUUUGGGCAGCCUGGGGCACAUUAGUGUUUCACAUCUCCUUCACACUUCCACUUCUCCUGCCUGACUUGUGUGUGAGCUCUCCAAAGGGCCUGGUUAUAGAGACUAGAGGUGGGCCUAGCAUCUCAGAAGCACAAGAAGCUGCACACCAAUGGGCUGGCUUACAUUUCCUGUGGUCACUCCUGACCAUGAACAUCUCUAUCUGGGGUUCAAAGACCCACUAACCACUUCUGGGGGUUUCUCUUGCAACAAACCCUUAAUAUGCCCUUUAAAUUCCACUGUGGGGUUUUUCAGGUGCCAGACAACAGACCAAAUUACCUAUUUGUAUUUUUUAACCUGGCCAGAAGUUGUCCUGAUGCAAUUGAGAGGAACCCCAGACCAUUCUAGGCUAUCAUGAGUAAAUCAGUUGCUCAGGAAUUUUUUUUAAAAAAAUUACAGAGUUUGUCAAAAGAAAUGUUUCUUUAAAAUUGAAGGGUGGGAGUGGAGAAGUCAUUGUCUCUAGAGUCCUGUACUGGUGCCACAUAGGCACUUAGGGCAGUUACUGUGGUUGGUAAGUUAUUUUAUUAUUGUGAAAAUAAAAGUGAAACUGGGUUAGA